UUAACAGUGACCAUGCUAGUAAUUGAGCUGUAAGAAAAACUGUCCGCCAACUGAAGGCACUGUUCGGUAUUUCUUUGCAUAAAGCGGGUAUUAUUCCAUUUCAUUAAAAAUUUCACAGCUAAUUAACCUCCUGAUAUGUUCAAAAAUAACAGGACAUUAACGACAGACAUAACAGAAGCAUUAAUCGGAAAGAAAUUCAAAGGGUCACAAGUGAAGUUUGGGUUGUUUUAACCAUUGUAUUGUCGACAUCCGGAAGGCAUUGAUUUAAUCACUAUUAUUCUAAGGGAGUUUUCAGGGCGACAGCCUUCGGAAGCAGUCGUAGAAUUCGGAGCAGGGAAGUGCAGGGGACUAUAUGAAGGAUAGUUGCGAUGGGGGAUUCAGUUGGAGAAUUUCCCUUUAACUUCUCCUGGGUGAUUGAAGAUGAGUUAUGUGCCCUUGGUUUUCCUGAUACCCCAGGAAAUAUGCAGUAUUUAGUCAACAAUAAUGUUGGUUAUCUCGUUUCCUUGACAGCAGAACGACGUCCAGAUAUACAAGGAUAUGAAAAGGAUUUACAUCUGACGUGUAUAAAGAUAGUAGACUUUACACCACCUACAUUACAACAAGCUGAGGUCUUUCUACAAAUGAUGGAGAAGGCUAGAAGAAAUAAAAAGGCUGUGGCUAUACACUGUGCUCAUGGAAAAGGAAGGACUGGAACAAUGGCGGCCUGUUAUUUAAUAAAAGAAUAUGGUUAUACAACUCGACAGGCUAUAGACAAAAUACGUCAAAUAAGACCAGGGUCUAUAGAGACUAGAGAUCAGGAAUUAUUCGUUCACCAAUUCGAGGAAUACCAAAAUACUUGCUAGAAAAUAACGUAUAUAGUCCAUACCAAUAUCAUGAGUAUAGGCUCCUGGACCUGUCUACCACUUGGUACAAGAGAUAGUCCGAAUGAUUAACGGGGUGGGUUCUUGGACUAUUGCAUGGAAUUUGUCAGAUUUAGUACCGAAUUGAUCAACAAAAUAAAACAACUAAGGGUAUAAAUUGUUUAAAUAUAGAACAUCACACGACCUAGUUACAUAUAGCUCCGAUACUGGAAAUUUGGUGACCCCGCUUGCUAUGAGGUCAUCAUAGGCUCAGAUUGUGCAUUUAAGCGUAGCCACCUUUCCAACCUUAAAGAUACAUUAUUGGAGAUAAAGGCCGGCAGUUCUCACUAUAAUAGUUAAAAACUAGAUAAUGUAAAGGGAAUUUGCUGAAAUUUUCAGUCAAAUUGAUCCACUAUGAACCGAGAAUUUAGUGAUUGAAUUUUCGGCCUAGCCU